AUGACCGCCUCCCAGGAUGCACCAGUUUCUCCGGCCAUGGGGCCUAAGAUUGCCAUCAUCGGUGCUGGCCCGGCUGGCUGCAUGCUCGCGAGACUCCUCCAUCGGGCCAAUGUGAGCGUCACCGUGUUUGAGAGCGAGGCGUCGCUCGAUUUUCGAUCUCAAGGCGGGACGUUGGACCUCCACACAUCGACCGGCCUCCUUGCCAUGAAGGAGGCCGGAUUAUGGGACGAAUUCCUCGAACACGCGCGAUAUGACGGGCAGUACAUCGCCUGGGUCGACCAGCACGCGCGCCAGCAUUUCGUCAUGGGAGCCUCCAGUGCGCGGAGCGACGUCCAAGAGCGGCCCGAAAUCGACCGCCGCGCAGCUGCGGCGCAUCCUUGCGGCAUCCCUCCCCGAGGGCAUCAUCAAAUGGGCGACGGCAGCCUCAACGUUUACCUAUCGUCCUUGCAAGACGAGGCGGACUGGAUGAGGCCGGAGAAGUGUGGGCACGACACAUCCGACCUGGCAGCCGCCAAAGAGGCCUUGAUGGAGGAGUAUCGCGACUGGGACAGCACCAUCACCGACGCAAUCCUCAAGGCACAAGGGGACUGCAAGACGAGGUCAUUGUACAUGCUGCCCGUCGGCUUCCGAUGGGCACACCACCGAGGUGUCACCGUCAUUGGCGAUGCGGCGCAUCUCAUGGGGCCCUUUGCUGGGGAGGGCGUCAACGUGGCCCUCGAGGACGCCAUGAGGCUGGCGGCGUCCAUCAUCGCGGCCGCCGAGAACACGGAGGAUGGGAAGGAGACGCUGGACCAGCAGGUGGACGCCUUUGAGAGGGACAUGUUCCCGCGCAUGGAAAAGGUGCAGCGGCUGACGGACGAGCUGAUGCACGAUUACUUCCACACGCCGGGUGUACCGCAGAGCAUCAUGGCGCGGGUUCUGACGAGGCAUGUGCAGUUUUCGACGCCGGCGAUACUGCACCCGCUGGCGACGUUGGGUGUGCAUGGUUAUUUGUUUUGGAACAGCCUGGCCUCCCGGUGGCGGUGA